GUGGCGCAGUUGGCUAGCGCGUAGGUCUCAUAGCUAAAACGUGAGUAAUCCUGAGGUCGAGAGUUCGAGCCUCUCUCACCCCACAAAAUUUGGCCGAGUGAUGAUGAAAUGCUCCGUGACCGAUUGGGUCGUCACGAAACCAUCUAAUUCCCAGAUGUCAAGAGCUAUACUGAGCUCCGGCCUCUUAUUUUUAUUCCAUUUUAUUUUACGCGCCGCAACGCAACUUCCAUGGACGCAUCUGGACCACCGAUUUCCAAUCCAACGAACACUCUCGCUGCCGCGGCCGCCGCCUCCUCGCCCCAUCCAGCACUCCACGCCCCUCGAAUCCAUCCGCCGCCGCCGCGAUGCCGCCUCCGCCGCACGCCGCUUUCCUCCUCCGGUCCCGGGGUCUACUGCCUCCUCUCCUCCGACGAAGCCCCAGCUCCGGCCCGCCGCCUCCGCUCCUCCGCCCGACCAGGCAGCGCCGCGGCCUCUCCGUCCGCGCCUCCGCUGCGGAGCUCGCCGCCGGAGUUGCAGGGGUGGAGGAUGCGGUGGUGGGCUUCGUCACCGGCAAGCGGAAGGCCACCGAGUUAGCCCACGCAAUAUGGAAUGAAAGUUCUGUUAACGGGAAAUGCUCUCUAGGAUUCAGCGGGAGAUGUGUAAAAGAAUACGUGUACACAUUAGCUAUUCACAUUUUGUCUUUUGGUUUUCUCAUUAGGGUGUGGAGAAGUAUUGUUCGGAAAGGGGAUACUGUGGUUGAUGCCACAUGCGGGAACGGCAAUGAUACAUUCGCUAUGCUUAAAAUGGUAGCUGAUGAAAGAGUACAAGGGCGUGUAUAUGGGUUGGACAUUCAGGAGUCCGCGAUAGCCAGCACUUCCUCUUUUCUGAAAAUGGCCGUCAAUAGCCAUGAGCUCGAACUUGUCAAGUUGUUUACAAUCUGUCACAGUAGAAUGGAGGAGGUCGUCCCAAAAGAUUUCCCUGUCAGGCUUGUAGCAUUCAACUUGGGCUAUCUUCCAGGAGGAGAUAAAACAAUAAUCACUGUACCUAAGACGACUGAGCUGGCUUUGCAAGCUGCCAGUAGCAUUGUCAGUUCUGGGGGACUCAUAAGUGUCCUUGUCUACAUUGGACAUCCAGGUGGAAGGGAUGAACUUGAUGUUGUUGAAUCAUUUGCAUCAAGCUUGCCUAUUGAUACCUGGAUGAGCUGCAAGUUUGAAAUGCUCAAUAGACCAGCGGCUCCAGUACUCAUUCUCCUGUACAAGAAAUGAUCACACCUUCUAUGACCUACUUGUGGGGAAUGACGGAGUUAGUGAGCGACCACAUGCUUACUUGCAUGCCAAGUGCCACAAUGACCAAGGAUUCAAGAUUUGAAGUUACAAGGCAUUUCCAUAGGAUUUUACUGGGUGGACAGCUGUGGGUAUUGAUAACAACUUUUGAGAGCUUCUUUUUCGCCAGGCCAACUUUUGAGAGCUUCACAACUAUAUAUAUGUUUCAAGCACUGCAGUUUAAACGAAGGGCAAUUGCUUUGAGCCACACUCGUGACUUUACUCCUUUUUAGGGUUGUGUUGAUGUUUUGUAUUGGCAACAAUAAAGGGGUAGCACACGAGACAUUAAAGUGGAUGGAUGCAAGGAGACAAGGGUUUAGACAUGUUUAGGCAUACCCUACUCUUGUUUCGUGGAUUGGAUCUGCCGGAUUGUAUUGAUCAUGGUGUUCUUGGUUGUGUUGAUCUCGUGGAUCUCUUGCCUCAUGCCUGUGGAUUGGAUCUGUCGAAUUGUAUUGAUCAUGGUGUUCUUGGUUGUGUCUA